GCCAAUCAGAUCGCGCUCCACUGCGCGCCCGUCGCUCUUCUCCCCAACACGCGACCGGCGCUGGCAGGGAAAAGGCAGUCUUUCUUCAGCGGCUCAUGGAUUUGGAACUGAGGAACGACCCGUCGCCCUCCGACCCUUACCAGGGCGGCAGGGUCUCGAAAAGGGAGGCCAAAUCGCCCAUAGCCCUCACCGUCAACAGCCAACUCCAGUUUUCUUCUGAUCAGAUCGCGUGUAUUUGCGAGGCUCUUCAGCAAGCUGGCGACACAAGCAAACUGACCAGUUUCCUGUGGUCACUUCCUCCAACCGAGCUCCUCCGCGGCCACGAGGCAGUGCUCCGAGCCAGGGCGUGCGUCGCCUUCCACAGGGAGGCUUUCCAGGAGCUCUACGCGGUGCUUGAAUCAUUCUCCUUCAGCACCAGAUACCAUGGCGAGCUGCAGCAGUUGUGGUUCAGGGCGCACUACAGAGAAGCGGAAAAGAUCCGAGGGCGGCCUCUCGGUGCUGUGGACAAGUAUCGGCUGCGUAAAAAAUUCCCUCUUCCUAAGACGAUUUGGGAUGGUGAAGAAACGGUUUACUGCUUCAAAGAACGGUCAAGGACUGCCCUGAAGGAGUGUUACAUGGGGAACAGGUACCCCACACCUGACGAGAAGAGAGCCCUGGCCAGAAGGACUGGACUCACCCUGACGCAGGUCAGCAACUGGUUUAAGAACAGGCGGCAGCGCGACCGGACGCCCCAAACGCCGCCGUCCCACCAUCCUGCUUCCAGAGGUGAUAUUCUUCCUGGUGAAGGUUUGCCGCACCUAGUUCAGCACUCAAGCGUCGCGGCGACGAUGGCCGCCGUCGCCGCCGACUUCCUUCACCACGAGUACGAACGCAUGAAAAGUGAAGUGAAAAACGAACCUGACUUGCCUUUUCCACUUUCCCACUUUCCUCCGCACCACUUCGACCUGCCGCUCUGACCCUGUGAGUAGUUUUUCUUGAAUCUCUUUGGAAUCACAACAGUCAGCAAAAAGUGCAUAGGUUCAAAUAUCAGCAUUUAUUAUACUUAAUAUUAUGUCUACGAAAAUUAUGAAAAGAAAAAUGGAAUUAUCUUCUGAUUGCUCUCAAAUUUGUCGUCAAUCUUUGAAGUAAUCAUUUGUGAGAUUAAUAUUGCAAAAUAAAUUUAAUGAUUAUCUUGUUU